AUGAGCAACACCAAUGACUCCUUUCCUGCAAUUUCGCAGUCGCUGGCUGACCUGUUCGCAAAAGCCGAGGCCGAAUUUCCCCCUCGCUUCCGAGAGCACGGGUGGUAUCUAACCGUUCUCGCAUCAUUCGUUGGUACCGGGCAGCAACAACUUGCCGGUCACCUCUAUAAGCACCUGGUUGCCCAGCCUCAGUACCAAACAUCGGAAGCACGCCAGGCUUUGGUUCGGCGUCUGCGGGGGGCUUUGGUAAAGUGCAUCAUCAUCAACGGCAUCCCCGUGGUAAUUGAAGCUAUUACGUCGAUUUCGGAGGUCGAGAGGCCCGAAGAUCAGGACUACUCUUGCUCGAGGAAAAUGGCUAAAUUGGAGUCGUAUAGAGCAGAUUGGCAAAUUGGCCUAGAGACCUCCGAGCGUGCAGCUAAAGUCCUCAAGGUUCUUUACAAGAGCGAGAAAGGCGGCCACGUCAAAACGCUGCAAUCCCAUCUGGAUAUUCCAUGGAUCUCGGUCAACGUUUCCUACGGCCUCUUCCUGUCGGACCAUCGAAUUUUGACCAUGCAAGAGACAGAGCUGGUUGUCCUCCCAGCCGUCAUGACCCAGAACCUGCGUGGACCGACAUAUUGGCAUCUAAGGGCUUGUCUGAGGGUCGGCAUGGAGGCUGAGGAGGUAGAGGCCGUCCACAAGAUUAUUGAAGCCGUGGCUGCACACGGUGGGAAGACACUAGAUGUGCAGCGCGUAAAGGAUGUGACAGACGCUUGA